GGGGAGUUUGGAAGCCACCAGGAUGUAGCAUGAUUGAGGUUAGGGGAAUAGUUCAUGAGUUUGUUGUUGCAAACAAAACACAUCCUAGAUCAGAAGAGAUAUACUUAAUGUUGAAUGAGUUAAGAAGGAGGUUGAAGAUGGCUGGCUAUGUGCCCAUGUUUGCUCUCAAUUAGGAAUGUUAUUUGACUAGUUUUCAGAAAACAAACUGCAGCUUACAUUAUUCUGAUCCUUAAGGAGAAUUUCUAGAGGAUGUUUCUGGAGAACUAGGAGACUAUACUUACAGAGGAUCAUGGUGGCAUUCAAAAAUAGGUACAUGGUGAUGGAAGUUUUGUUGGAUCCAGCCAGGGACCUUUUGAAGGAUGAUCCUAUUACUAUCAGCCAAACAAACAUUGCAAAAGCAAUUAAAGAAAGCAUUCUUGUAAACUUUGGAGAGUGUGGGCUUGCUGCGUCACUUGGAUCAUUUCAAGUUAAAUAUGUGAACCCCAUAACAAAGCUUUGCAUCAUCAGAGCAUCACGAGAAGAAUACCAAAAGGUGUGGUCUGCGAUGACCAUUGUGCGGACAAUUGGCAGUUGCCCCGUUAUAUUCCACUUGUUGGACUUGAGUGGAAGUAUCAAAGCAUGUAAAAGUGCAGCCUUGAAGUGUGAUGAAGCAAAAUUUGAACAGUACAAGCUUGUAGCUGGAGAUAGACAUACACCGGAGAUUAAUCAGCACAUGCAGAACUGUCUUGAAAAGAUCAAAUUAAUGGAACACUGAGUCUAAACAAAUUUUGGUGGCCUAUUUCCAUUGUGCAUCAGGGGAUGGGAGGUUUAAGGAAUGUUAUAAACACAAUGCUGCCUUGCUUUUCUGGUGGUCUCACAGCUCAGCCCUUCUUGUAAGCUUUGCUGGUCCCUUUUAAGUUAUUCAAUUUUCAUUCCAUGCUUAAGCUUAUGCUAAAUCUACAUCUAACUAAGCUGGUUACAUCAACUUUUGUAUACUGUCUCUUGAACCUUUGCCUCGUUGUUUUAUGCAUUUUAUAUGUGAGGACAGAUUUGUAGUUUCGCUUCAAAGUUAAAUUAUUCUCCUCAUUGGACGCUUUUCUUCC